AUGGGGGUCCAGGUUACUCGGAUCCCCCCACAGCAUUCACCUCCCUGGGAUUACGAGCCCUCGAGCACCCCAGGGCCGCCUCUCUGGUCUCACCUGCCUGGCCUCCCUCUCGCUGCAGGUUUUUCCCACUCGGCCUUCACGUUCGGGAUCGAGAGCCACAUCAGCCAGUCCAACAUCAACGGGACGCUGGUGCCGCCCGCCGCCCUCAUCUCCAUCCUGCAGAAGGGGCUGCAGUAUGUGGAGGCUGAGAUCAGCAUCAACGAGGAUGGCACGGUGUUUGAUGGCCGCCCCAUAGAGUCCCUGUCCCUGAUAGACGCCGUGAUGCCCGACGUGGUGCAGACGCGGCAGCAGGCGUUCCGCGAGAAGCUCGCGCAGCAGCAGGCCAGUGCGGCGGCCGCAGCGGCAGCAGCAGCGGCUGCAGCAGCAUCCACGGCAGCCCCGGCAGCAGUUUCCCAGCAAAAUCCACCAAAGAACGGAGAGGCCACGGUCAACGGGGAGGAGAACGAGCACACGCAGUAUGUAAAUAAUCACACGAAACCCAUGGAAAUUGACGGGGACGUUGAGAUUACACCCAACAAAGCCACAGUCCUUCGGGGCCAUGAGUCCGAGGUGUUCAUUUGUGCCUGGAACUCUGUCAGCGAUCUGCUGGAUUCUGGGUCUGGAGACUCGAUGGCCAGGAUAUGGAACCUUAAUGAACACAGCAACGGGGACUCCACCCAGCUUGUGUUUAGGCACUGUAUACGGGAGGAGGGACACGAUGUCCCCAGUAACAAAGAUAUCACCUCACUGGAUUGGAACAGCGAUGGGACACUUCUGGCCCCAGGUUCAUACGACGGUUUUGCAAGGAUAUGGACGGAAGACGGUAUCCUGGCCAGCACCUUAGGCCAACAUAGAGACCCCAUCUUUGCCUUGAAAUGGAACAAAAAGGGGAAUUAUAUUUUGAGUGCUGGUGUAGACAAAACAACAAUCAUUUGGGAUGCCCACACAGGAGAAGCCAAACAACAGUUUCCUUUCCAUUCAGCCCCUGCUCUUGAUGUGGACUGGCAGGACAACACUACCUUUGCCUCCUGUAGCACAGACAUGUGUAUUCAUGUAUGCAGACUUGGCUGUGACCGCCCGGUCAAAACCUUCCAAGGACACACAAAUGAGGUCAAUGCUUUCAAAUGGGAUCCUUCUGGAAUGUUGCUAGCAUCCUGCUCUGAUGACAUGACAUUAAAGAUCUGGAGCAUGAAGCAGGACACGUGUAUGCACGACCUGCAAGCUCACAGCAGAGAGAUAUACACCAUCAAGUGGAGUCCCACCGGGCAGGCCACCAGAAAUCCCAACUCCAACAUCAUGCUGGCGAGUGCUCCGUUUGACUCCACGGUCCGGCUGUGGGAUGUGGAGCGUGGGGUGUGUAUCCACACGCUGACCAAACACCAGGAACCUGUCUACAGUGUCGCUUUUAGCCCCGACGGGAAGUACUUGGCCAGCGGCUCCUUUGACAGGUGUGUCCAUAUCUGGAAUACUCAGAGUGGCAGUCUCGUCCACAGCUACCGAAACACCGGUGGCAUCUUCGAGGUGUGCUGGAAUGCUCGCGGGGACAAAGUGGGCGCCAGCACCUUCGAUGGAUCCGUGUGUGUUUUAGAUCUGUGGAAGUAA